AUGGCUAAGCUAUUUUCCAAGCUGCCCAACAAUCUCUACGGGCAGGAAAAAGAAGACUCUCGCCAAAAACAGCAGCAGAGGGAGCAGCAGCAAGAAGCUUCCGCCCAGUUUCAGGAGAGCCGGUUUGUGUCAUUGCCUCAAGAAGGAAGCUUCCUUGCUUCUUCCCAGCCAACCAGCUCGAACCAUAUCCCAACCACCAACCCCAGGCCAUCACAGGUCUUUCCCCACCCACAGGGCUCACAGGUCUCACAGGGCUCACAGGGCUUAGACAGGGACCGAUCAAGGGGUGUAGGUGUAGCAGGGGGUGAGAGGAUACUGGCGGCCGCUGGAUUGCCUGUUCCUGCUGCUGCGCCUUCUUCGUUUGGUGCAGUUGGGUCUAUUCUUACGGCCGGAGAAACGGGUGGUAACCAGACUGCGGCUGGUAACCAUCACGGUAUGGUUACAGAGGCGCCAGGCUCCGUGCUUCCCUUCCUGGGAUUUAAUAGAAGCUCUCUCCAUGCCCCUAGGCUCCUUCGCCCCCCUAAAUUUCUCUCACUGUCUCUGAUGCCUGGUGGUGGUGCUGCUCCUGGGAAGGAAGGGAGGGGCAAGGAGGAGGCCAGGGGAAAGGAGGGAAGAGGCAAGGAGGAGGUGGGGAAGGAGGAGGGGACGUUGAAGGAGGAAGGGGUGAAGCAGAAGCAGAAGGGGAAGGGGAAGAGAGUGGGGUUCGGUGCGGUGGAGUGCGUUGCAGGACCUCCUGCCUCUGCUCUAUCGGGUAUGUGGAGGGCGGAGGAGAGGUGGGAGGAGGAAAGCAGGGAGGGGGAAAGGGGGGAGGAUGAGAGGGUGGAGGAGGAUGGCACGAGCGGCAAGGAGAACCGGGGUGUGAGAAGAGCUAGUGUGAGUGGAGUGGAGUGUGUUGCAGGGCCGCCUGCCUCUGCUCUGGCGGGCAUAUGGAGGGAAGAAGAGAGGCAUGAAGAGGGGGAGAGUAGAUAUGGUAAGGAGAAGGGAGUAGAAGGGAAUGGGGCUAAGAGGGUGGGUUUGGGUGCUGUGGAGUGUGUAGCAGGGCUGCCUGGCUCUGCUCUGUCGGGAGUGGAAGAUACAGGAUUGGAGGAGAGGUUUGAAGCGGGCAGGUUGAAAAAACAGAUGGCGUGUGAGCUGGAAGCAGCUCUAGCGAAGCAGGAGAUUAUAAUGAAGCGGCAGGAGAUGCUUAUAAAGGAGGGGAAGAAAAGGGAGGAGCGAGCGAGAAAGGAGAAGCAGAGGAGGGAGGAGAGGAUGAAGAGGAGGGAGGAGCGGGCGGCAGCGGCUGCUGCUGAUGUAUGUGGUGCUGAUGUGGCUGUUGUUGAUGACGAUGUGGCUGUUGCUGACGUGGCAAUUGCAGAUGUGACUGAAGCUGAUGUUGCUAAAUGCAAGGGCGCUGGGAAGAAAAGCACUAAAGCUGCAGCCGUGACUAAAAGAAAGGGCGUUCUUAAAAAGGGGGGAAAGGGGAAUAAGGAGGGCGACAGGGGCAGUGCAGCAGUGAAAGCGGGUGCGAAAGCAGGCAAGGGAGAGAAAGAGGGACAAGGUGCCAGCAGCGUUCAGACUGCCGUGAGCGCUACAGCCGCCACUGCUACAGCCGCCACUGCUACAGCCGCCACUGCUACAGCCGCCACUGCUACAGCCGCCACUGCUACAGCCACCACUGCUACAGCUGCUGGCGGAGAGCAUUUUACUGUGCACGCCCCUCCUCCCAGCAUUGCCCGCAUCCAAUCGCUGAGCGACAGCUGGCGUGCAAGCCACGAGGAGAUGUUUUUCCAGCUGCUGUGCUCGCGGGGGGCAGCACUGCUGGGAGGGAUGGGGGGAGGUGCAGGGCUGGGGGGAGGGGCAGGGAUAGGGGAAGGGGCAGGGCUGGGGGGAGGUGCAGGGAGAGGGGGAGGAGGAGAUGGGGAAGCAGGGAGAGGGGAAGGAGCAGUCGGAGGGCUGCUGCCGUUGGGGGGAAGAGGGGUAGGGAAGAGGGGAGGGGUAGGCAUGGGGGGAGGGCCAAGGAUGGGGGAACCGAGAGGGAUGGGGGGAGGAGAUGGGGGGCUGCUGCCGCUGUUGGCAAGGGCUGGGAAAGGAGGAAAGGGAAGAGGGGAGGAGGACGGAGUGGGGAGAGGAGUGGAAAUGGUAGACGGGAGUAAGGGAAAGGGUUGUGGGGAGGAUGGUGGAAGCAGGCGGGAGAGGAGUGAGAGGGAAGAGGAUGAGAGUGAGUGGGAGAAGGUGAAUGAUACUGAGAAUGUAUGCGGGAGUGAGAAUGAGAACAGGAAUGAGAGUGGGAGUGGGAGUGGGAGUGGGAGUGGGAAUGAAAGUGGGAGUGGGAAUGAAAGUGGGAGUGGGAAUGCUGGUUUUUAUGGUGCUGUCACCUCAUUGGAUGAGGCCUUCCCGCCGGCCAGGGUGCUGCAGUGCAUCAUUGUGGCAGAAGAAGACGAGCCCUUGCCACCCGUUACCACUGCUGCCAGCAUCAUGAACAGUAGUUUUGGCAGCAUGAACAGUGUUGAUGGAGGGGUGUCCAUCUCGGAAGGGUGUGGGAAGGAAGCAGACGGGGGAAAGGCCAAAGAUAAGCUGACGGGGAAAUCAAAGGGAGUGGAGAAGGGGAAGGGGGCAGGAAAGGGGAAGGGGGUGGGGAAGGGGAAGGGGGGUUUGAAAAAGAAGAAGCAGAUGAACAGCAAAGACAGAGAUUCUGUUUUGGGUGCUGCUGAUGCUGCUGCUGCUGCUGAUGAUGCUGAUGAUGGUUCUGGUGAUGGUGCUGGUGGUGCUGUCGGUAUGGGUUCUGAUGAUGCUGCUUCUGGUGAAACUGUUUAUGGUGAUACUGAGGUGGCGUAUAGUGAACCAUUUGAUGAUAGUAGCCUUCAAAUACAGGCGCUUAAGGACACGGAGGACGAUACUGCAGCUGCUUCUAAGAAGAGAAUUGUCUCCAAAAACGGGACUGCCAUUAAAGGGGAUAUUGGGUCGCGAGCCCCGAUGGGUCUGGGGGGGCUUGGACUAGGAGGAGGAAGGGCUGGUGUGAGAAGAGGAGUGAGUGUGAUGGGAAGAGGAGUGAGUGUGAUGGGAAGAGGAGUGAGUGUGAUGGAGUGUAGCUGGGAGGAGGGUGAUCUUCUUGAGCUGACUCAAGAUUCACCUCGUCACAAUGGCACAACAACAAGGGUGCAACUGGAAUUAGUGGGUGUGACUGAGUGUGGUUGGGAGGAGGGGGGUGUGGAGGGGGGUGUGGAGGGUUGCUCUGAGUUGGGGGAGGAAAAAGACAAGCAGAAAUAUCUGGGAUUGCUAAGGAAUCCCUCAUCUGGGGAGGAGAAGGAGAGGCUGGCGACGACCCCGCCUCAGUCGAAGAGAGGGAAAGGGAAGGCUAAAAAGGUUUAG